CAGCCAAUGAGAGCGCGUGCCAUUUCCACCCGUGCGCCCAAUCCAAUCACGUGGCCGAAGUAAACAAACGCAGAAGCACUGCCUGCUGGCUGGACUUCUGCAUUCAGAUCAAGGAGAUAAACUGCGACGUAAUUACCAAAAGUGCAGCAAAAGUGGCCGAAAAGUGUCCAUCGUCUUGAUGAGGCAACCCGUUUAGACGCGAGCAGUCGACCAGCAGCAGCACCACCAUGUCCAACACCGCGGACGGAAGCAAUCCGCGCAGUUUCAAGCAGAGACGGACCUACGCCCAACGUGUCCGAGACGUCGAACAAAUCAGGGAGCAGCACCCAAACAAGAUUCCAAUCAUCAUCGAAAGGUGGAGUGGAGAAAAACAACUGCCCUUGCUGGACAGGACCAAGUUUUUGGUUCCUGAGUACCUAACUGUGGCCGAUCUUGUCAGCAUUAUUAGACGUCGUUUGAAUCUGCGGGACUCCCAAACGUUCUUCCUGCUGGUGAACCAGAGAAGUCUGGCCUCCGUGUCCCUGACGAUGCGCCAGCUUUACCAAGCAGAAAGAGACCCGGACGGUUUUCUCUACACCGUCUACGCUUCGCAAGAGGUUUUCGGUUGAAAGAAGUUUUUUUGUGAUUCCCAACGUCAAACUAGUUUCUUUAUAUUUAUUAUUACAUAUUUGCUGCAUCUCACUCUCUAUGCAUAAAUUUUUAUAAUUUUGAUAUUUUAUUUUGACAAGGCGGAAAUUUUCUCGUUUCUAUUUUCACUUUGUUCGAGUACCUGGUUGAUGAGGCACUCGUUGCGGUGGCUGAUUUGUUUUAGACUGUGACCUGUGGUUGGUGUUUAAUUUUUAAUGUAUUAGGCUAUAUAGUAGAGAAUGAUUGUUGACCAUCACCUUCCUGCCUAUUGUAAAAUUUGUCAAGGCCAUGCAAUGGUCACUUACGCCAGAGAGAUAUGAAAAUUUUGAAACGGCGGUUCUGUAAAUAGGUCACUGGUUCUCUCUGGUGACCACUUGCUUACUUGUGAACAUUUCAGUGCAGGAUUUGUGUUUGCUUAGCAUAUCCGGGAUCAAAUUUGAUCUUGAUCAGUUGAUUGAUUGUGAAAUACAAAAUCAAAGGGAUGAGCUAAAGAAACGUUUGUUUUUCAAAGAGACUAACUAACCAUGCUGGAUAUAAGUAAUGUGAUUAUGAAUAAUAGAAAUAAAAAAAAUA